AUGAGCGAAUCGAGCUUCGUGCAAGCCCAGCAACGGGUCGCCGCCCGCCGACAGGCCCGCGAGGUGCAGGCCGCCGCCCGCAUCGCCGUGCAGCGAGAAGCGUCUCGCACCAGCGCCCAGCUGCAGCGGCUGCCGUUUCCGUUUAGCGGCCUCGCCACGGCGUGGGACGCCGUGUCGUCGCGCGAGGGCACGCGGCCGGCGUUUCGUGUCGCGCAGGUCGACGCCGAACUCCUCGACGACGAGCUCGUCGACCUGCUCAAGGCGCAGGUCGGCGACGCGCUCCGCUACUUUGCCGGCGGCCACCUGCAGGACGACUGGUCCGACGAAAUCAUACUCGCCCUGCGCGCCGCGCUCUUCAAACUGACCAUCUGGGACCACGACGCCACGUACGGCGCGGCCCUGCAGAACCUCAAAUAUACCGACGCCCGCCGCGCCGGCCCCGUGCUGGUACCGCCGUCGCGCGCGCAAAAGUCACUCUACGGCCUCGUCAGCGUCGUGGGCAAGUACGCGUGGGCCAAGUGGGAGGACUGGCUGGUCGAGCAGGACGACGGGCACGAGGAGCCCAGCCCCCGCGUGCGGCUGCUGUCGCGGUGGACGUCGCGCCUGACGACGGUGCACUCGGCGGCGGCGUGCGCGUCGUUUCUCGUCUUCCUGCUGCACGGCCGCUAUCGCACACUGCUCGACCGGGUCCUCCGGAUGCGCCUGGCGCCGCCGACGAGCCAGGUCAGCCGCGAGGUGUCGUUUGAGUACCUGAAUCGGCAGCUGGUGUGGCACGCCUUUACCGAGUUUUUGCUGUUUGUGCUGCCACUGAUUGGCAUCAACCGCUGGCGGCGUUGGCUGAGCCGCACGUGGCGCAAGACCAAGGAAAUUGUCAACACGAGUAGCGUCGAGGGUGGCGGCAUCUCGGGCGAGUACGGGUUUCUGCCGGAGCGCACAUGCGCCAUCUGCUACCAGGACCAAAACGAGGCCACGUCGGAAAAUGAAAUCAUGGCGGCGGCAGCUUCGAGCGGCGUCGUCGGCUCCGCGCAGACGGAUGUGACGAACCCCUAUGAGACGAUCCCGUGCGGCUGCGUCUACUGCUUCGUGUGCCUGGCGACGCGGCUGGAGCGCGAGGAAGGCGAGGGAAUUACGUGCCUGCGGUGCGGCGAGCACGUCAAGGAGUGCCGGCCGUGGGACGGCGACGUCGUGGAGCCGGCCGGCACCCGAUCGGGGGGCCACAAGACGGUAGCCUUUUCGGAUGACGUGACGGGCGGCAUGGACGAGAAAGAAGCCAAGGAGUAA